CUGAUCGUUUUGACGAAGCAGAAACAGUUCUGUACAAGGAAAUUGAAAAAAAAAAUUACGCAGCAUCUGAUCCUAACAUAUUACCAUUCAUGAGUUAUUUACAUCGUGAAUGGAUAAUAAAAAAAAGUCACGUAUCAGUCUAUGAUUGCCCGACUUUAACUACUGACGGUCCUGAAAGCUUUCAUCAAGAUAUUAAUGAAGAAAAAGGGAGAUUCAACGUUGAGAAUUUUUUGAAAAUGAUGCCUCGGUCCUUAAAAGAACUUCAAGUUUCUUUAAAAUUAUUAAUUGGAGACAAUUCAAAUGAAUUGAAUGUUGACUCCAUAGCGCAUGAAACGUUAAAUAGACAAAAAAACAUUAUUACAGAAGAUAAUUGUAAAAAUUUACUGCGUGAAGUAGAAAACAUGAUUCCUAAAAAAUCAUGUAAUCCACUCGAAAAUAUUAGACUACAAUCAAAGAAAAAUUCUACAACAAAUGAAGAAUCAUCUUCAAGUUCCCAGCCAUCUUCAUCGAAGUCGCUAGUUGCUCCAAAACUAGCAUCAACAUUAACAACCCCUGCAAUGUCUUUAGUAAACAAUCGCCUCAAAAAAGAAUUUCCGGUUGCGACUAAGUCUUCUAAAAUAGCUUCUAAAAUAUUUCUCCAUCCAAACACAUCACCAACCUCAACAAUAACUUCCGAAUCAUAUAAAAAUAAUAUAAAAAAAAUAAUUAUAAAUGGAAAAGAAGUCAAAAAAAUCACUCCUAUUGAUUUUAGCGACUUAAAAUUACCUUUAAUGCAGUCGAUAAAAUCUGUAGCAGUAACAGUCCAAACUGAUAUAAACCAUAAUGCGCCAGAACCACAAAAUAUUAAAAAUAAAGAAAAUAAUUGUAACCAAUAUUAUGAAAAUCAUUUAAAAAAUACUUUAAAAAAAUUAAAAAGAAAAUCUAUAGAUGCCGAUAAAUGGUUAAUUGAAAAGAAAAAAAAAAAAAAAAUUACAAAAAAAAACGUAAAAAAUAAAAAUUUGGAGCUA